AGUCAUUCGCUUGUGUGUUUUGUCAGUCAUGUACCAAUUUUUUUCGGUAGUGAAAAGAGAAUAUUUCGUGUGUGUUUGAAAAUAGUACGACGAGGAUUAAAAAAUAUGUGUUAAGUGGAUUUUGUUAUUUUAGUGGAUUUUUCCAGUUAAAGCGGUAAGAAUAAAGAGCAAGAUGGGGUGGACAUUGCUGAUACAUCUGAUUUUCGGGAUCGUCGUCCCAAUCCUAGCGGAAAUCGAAAUGGAAUUCACGAAAUAUCCGGAAUCGGUGACAGCACCAGUCGGCGAUGAAGUCACGUUCGAGUGUGCUGUAAGAGUACCUGGGGAGCGCUUAGCCUGGAGGUGGCGACCUGACAAUGACUUAUGGACAGAUUGGAAUAAUGUUUCUGGGACCAAUGACAAGGACAGCGUAUCUACACGUCUCGUCGUGCAGAUUAAAGAGGACACGCCCACUGCUUUGUAUCAGUGCAUAGUAUGGUAUGGAUCAAUCAUUUUAGUGUCGAUUCCUGCACGACUUUCAAUUGCAAAGAUUGAUCUUCGUAAGAAUACUCAAGAGAGGCGAGUUAUAACUGCUCCUCUCCACAACACAGUAAUUUUGCAUUGCAAGGAACCACUCUCUGAACCUCCAGCAAGAUUGAGUUGGUGGAAGGAAACAUCAGCGGGUGCGAGAAAGUCUAUAGAAACGUCUAAUGGUGUUCUUGUUAUAAAAAACGCUACUAUAGAGGAUAGUGGAACGUACGGCUGUACGGCUACUAAUGACAUCAGCGAUCAAACCGUUGAUUUACCUGAGAGGACUUACCUUAAAGUGCAAUACGAAGGGCAUGAUGGACUUCGAUUUCUCGAGUCACCAGAAUAUGUAGGUACAGUGGAUAAAGAUGGUGUGCUCACUGUACCGGUUGCACCAGACGAUUCAAUGAGAUUGUGGUGCGGACUCGUGGGAACGCCACCACCUCGGAUCGAGUGGAGUAAAGGCACUGAUAUUAUUCCCGGACAUUCGCACAGUUUUGUCGUGGAACAGUUUAGUAAUGAACACGAGGGCAUCUACUCCUGCUCCGCGAACGGUAUUCGUCGACUAUGGAAAGUUAUAGCUCUUCAACCGCCGCACUGGGAGGGUGCCGCUGGCAGCGCGAAUGCCAGUGAGGGUUCUGAAGCGCGAAUCACAUGCGGAAUCCCACACGGACAACCGGCGCCCACUGUUCAUUGGGUUCUAAACGCUGAGUUGAUUAAAACUGGGAAAGAUAUUAAAGCAACAGAUUCGGAGCUCGUGAUCCAACGCGCGGAGAAGCGCCACGCGGGCAUCGUGCAGUGCUUCGCGUGCAACGCGCUCGGCUGCGCGUACGACGCCGCGCUGCUCACCGUCGUGCCCGUGCAGAUCUCCGACCAGGAUUACUCAGCGGAGACCCCGAAGACGAUGCACAUACCUCCCCAACCGCCAAAGAGACAUAAUAGGAAAAAUCCAAGAAAACACAAAGCGGUUCUGAUCCCUCCUUCUCGACCCAACGUAACCCGUCUGUCCGAUGAAAGUGUUAUGGUAUCUUGGUCGCACGACAACCACGGUCUUCCGAUUCAGUUCUACAAAGUCCAGUAUAGAGAAGUGACGAAUUCGUCAAACAUCCAAUGGCACACCGAAAACAAUGAUAUUCCUGCUCACAUACACUCUUUUGAGAUCGAUGGGUUGACUCCAGAUAAAUAUUACAAGUUCCGUAUAGCGGCAGUGUAUUCAAACCAAGACAACAAACUUGGCAGGAGCAGUGGCAAGUUCUAUUUACAACGUGGCGGUUUUCAGAGCCCGAGGGCUCCGGUCCUCGAUAAAGCUAUUGCAUUGUCACCCCACAGUAUACAGAUAAAUUGGACGUGGGCGGCGCACGGGCAGGGCGUGCAGGCGGAGGGCUUCUACGUGUACUACCGCGCCGUGUCGUCGGCCGGCGCGUACGAGAAGGUGACGGCGCGCGGCGCGGCGCGCGGCCUGCAGCUCGCGCACCUGGCGCCCGACACCGCCUACGAGCUCAAGCUGCAGGCCUACUCGGCGCAGGCGCCCUCCGACUUCAGCGCCAUCCUGAUCGCGAAGACGCAGCGCGCCGCGGGCGCGGCGAGCAGCAGCACGGAGGCGGCGCCCAAGGAGGAGGAGCGCGGGCCGCCGGCGCUCGUGACGGCGGGCGGCGCGGCGGGCGUGGCGGCGCUGCUGCUGCUGCUCGCCGUCACGCUGCUGCUGUGCCGCCGCGCGCGCCGCCCCACGCCCAAAGAGAAAGGCUCGCCGGAGGGCGGUGCUAACGGCUACCUUCCAGCGAAAGUGCCCAUCACCAUUACAGCUAACCCUAUGCAUGGAGAGGGCGGUGAUGGUGGAGUGGAAAUGUCGUUUCUUCAUAACAACAAUUGCGGCAACACAACCAGUAGCGACGAUAAUCUACCACAUCCAAGGAAAAACGGACCUUCAACAAGACAGUAUGUGUAGAUCAAGCUUAAUUAAAAGUGGACUAUAAAUAUUACAGAAAGAACUGUCAAUAAAUUGACAGUUGCUUGUUUAAUAAUUCUACCAUUUUUGGUAGUUUUACAAUGAUAUCUUCAAAAUUAUAUUGUGAUAACGAUCGCGUAAAGUGCGUGGACUCUUGAGAGUACAAAAAUAUAUUUAUUGCUUCUUUAGUGUAUGUUUUACGUGAGAUGUGUGGAUUCGGUGUUUUGGCAUUUAUUUGCUUUUAUUAGAUUUUAGUGAAUACUUAGAAUUAAUUAUAAUUAGGUUGUUUAGAAUUGUGAGUUUGACUAAUGAAAAUGAUUUGUGUCGAAAAAUUCUGUAUGAAUUUUACAUCGUGAGUGGCCUUAUCGAACGAAUAAAAAUUAUCGUUACUAGUAUUUAAUAAUUUAAAGCUGGCAAUAUUGUUUAUCUCUUUUUAACGUAUUUUGACCAAGCUUGAGUAAAGUAUCAGGUAAUUGUAAAAAUUUGCUACACUAUUUUUAUCAGUCUUAAUUGGAUUUUUUCAAUGGCCACUUUUAAACGAUUUAUGAAUUUUAAAUUUGUAUAAGCGCUUAUUAACUGUAAAGAUCUGAUUACACUCUUAAGUUGCAUUCCCAUUUAAAUGAAUAAUUUAUAUAUAGAUGUAAAAUAAUAUUUUUGUGGGAAAAUCUUUCAUGCCGCGAUAGUAUAAAGUUACACAAACAUUGUUGUAUUAUUUAUCGAAUAAGGUAAUGUAUUUUAAAAAAAAUCUUGCUCUGGUAUUAUUGUAUUUUGUUUUUUAAUUCGAAUGUAUUUUUGAAUACAGUAACUAAUACGCCAUAUGAGUUAUUUUAAUUACGAUAAUACUAAUUGUAAUUGUAAAAUUCUGAUUAGGUCGCUACUGUUAUAAGGUAGAACAAACAUAAAACGUGAAAUGUGAUGUAUAUAAUACCAGUGAAAUUUAUAUGUAAUCUUUUUAAUGAAAUAAAUUCAAUUACAGCUUCGUUUAAACUUAAGUGAAAAUAAUCACGCUAUAUUAUUUGAAUAUUUUAGAAUCUGUACCAAUUUUAAAAAUUCGAAAUAGAAUACAAUAAAUGUCUACGAAUUCAAAUCGCAUAUAAAAUAAGUUGGCUAGAAUUUCGUGUUCGUUUAUAAUUAUUCGACUAUAUAUUCGGCGUCGUACUUAAAAUACAAUUGACGUAAAUAACACGAUCAAAAUAAUACGAUUUUCCGUCAGUUUUUUUUUUUUAAUUUAUGUAGGUUUAAUUUAUUAUUUUUAUUUUAUAAAUCAAAUGAAAUUAUCUUUUUUUAUGGUUGUGAGAUUGGAUUUAUUUACAGUGACCGACUUUCGUAUUUUCGUUUUAUUUUCGCGAUAUAAAAACGUGUGAUGCAAAACAUUCGUUGUAGUUGCAUUUAAUAUAAAUACUGUUUGCUUCGGCCGUAUCAUGUUAUGGAAGUGUCGUUUUAAUUUAAAACUUUUAUUAACUUUAUUCAGCUUGAAUAGGAGUGAUACUGCCAUAGAUAUAAAACUUAAGUUAAAAUACUUUUUUACAAUGGCAAUGAUUUAUAUAAAAUUAUUU